AUGGCCAGCUACUCGGAACGAGAUGCCCCCAACCUCGAGGUUUAUCCGCGAUUCACCAACGAUCUCCCCGACGUGCCCUUUCCUCCCAAGUUCCUGCCCUGCAGUUUCGACAUUAACCGCCUAGCAGCCUAUCGCGAUACCUCCCUUAUUCAGUCUUAUCAGUACAAGUUGCACGCUCCUGCCGAUGUGGGUGUCAACGUCAACCUCCUGCGCCCCGAGGACUACAAUCCCAAACGAAGCGCUCACGAUCAAAGCUUUGGGUCCUUGACCGAGCUCACCCCCACCCCGGCUUGUGCUUGGAUGUAUGACUGGCAGAAUUUUGCAGCUUACUUUCUGCCCACGGUCGACACUACCAACCGCUUGUGCACCUACGCCCAAGACGCCGAGCGCAAGGGAGUGGCAGAAGGCGAGGUCUUUGAGUACGACAAGAUUCGCGAGUUUCAGUUUGAUGUGGAAACGCGCGAUGACCGCUACAUUGGCACGGGUCUCGAGGAUUACUUUUUGUUUUAUGAACACGACAAUCUGAUCAACUACACACGCUUAGAGCGAACUCUCAAGCUUUCGCAGCGCCGCGGCAUGUCCACCACGCGUCGCGAGAUUUUGCGCAUGACGCACAACUCGCAAGAGCCCGACGACGAGGAGGAUGAUGAGGAUUUUGGGGGCACCGCAGGGGGCAAUGGCGAUGGCGAGCUGGAGGGCGAGGCCAACGGGACUGCCACCCCUGUGGGUGAGACUGUGGCCAACCAAGAGGAAUCUGUUGCAACGGAUUGA